GAUAAUUGAAAUAUUUUUAGAAACCCAUAAUGUAGUUUUCUUUGAUGUCAGUCAAAAAGAUUAGUCUGCCUUCUAGCCAUGAGCUUCCACUACAUCGGGGAGUUAUUUAAGGAGGUAGUCAACUUGCAGAAGCAGCAGUUGCAGGAGCAAAGGGUCUUGUUUGGAAUUUUGUGUGAUUGUGUUUUUCUUCUUUACCAGGGUACUGAAAGCUGUGGAACCCUAAUGUGUGACAUCAGGUGUUUUUUGGUAAGCAGCCAUUUAUGACUCUGGAAGAUUGGGACUGACAGGAAGCCCCUUCUGAGAUUUUAACAAAGUUCUCGAACAACACCUAUACCAUGGACAUAAAGCUGGAUCCUUCCCGAGAUGACCUGCCUCUCAUGGCCAACACCAGCCACAUACUUGUGAAGCACUAUGUACUGGAUUUAGAUGUGAAUUUCGAAAGUCAAAUCCUUGAGGGCACCAUAGUGCUUUUCCUCGAGUCCGGAAAUAAAUUCAAGAAACAGAGUAGUUCCAAUGAGGAAACCUACCCAUCAGAGUCAAACGAAGCCUGCAAAUUUAGGACGCCUGAACCCUGCCAUAUUCCUGUGACAAAUACAAGGACCGUCUCAUCUAAAAUGGGAUAUAAUGAUUUUGUAAUCUGUGGUGAAGGUGAAAAAGAUACUUCUGGUAAAGAUGGUAACCAUGACAACCAGGAACAGGCUUCUGGGAUUUCUAGCUCAAAGUACUGCUGUGACACAGGGAAUCAUGGGAGUGAGGAUUUUUUGCUAGUGUUGGACUGCUGUGAUUUAUCUGUGUUAAAGGUUGAGGAGGUGGAUGUUGCUGCUGUGCCAGGUAUUGAAAAACUUGCAAGGUCUCCCAAGCUCAGGAAUCAGAUUGUACGUGAACUCGUGGCUCUGCCUGCAGAUCGUUGGAGGGAGCAGUUAGACUAUUAUGCUCGCUGCAGCCAGGCUCCUUGUUGUGGGGAACUCCUGUUUGACAUUGACACUUGGAGCUUACAGAUCAGGAAGACAGGGGCUCAGACAGCUACUGACUUUCCUCAUGCCAUAAGGAUACGGUACACAACCAAACCCCAGGGGCGAUCAGUUUCAUGGACCUCAGACCAGAGUGGCAGGCCAUGUGUUUAUACUAUGGGAUCGCCCAUAAACAACAGGGCCCUUUUUCCAUGCCAGGAGCCACCCGUUGCCAUGUCAACAUGGCAGGCUACAGUUCGAGCAGCUGCAUCUUUUGUUGUUUUAAUGAGUGGGGAAAAUUCUGCCAAGCCAACACAGCUUCGGGAAGGAUGCUCAAGUUGGCACUACUACGUAACCAUGCCAAUGCCAGCCUCCACCUUCACAAUUGCAGUAGGAUCCUGGACAGAAACGAAGCCAGAGAUCUGCUCAUCAAAUGAUCUGGCAACAGAGAGAUCCUUCUCACCUUUCGAGGCUGACUUCAGGUACGUUGGUGUUUGCGGUCACAUGGACUACCCCUGCCGCUUCCAGAACGCUUCUGCCACCACCCAGGAGAUAAUUCCUCACCGGGUCUUUGCUCCAGUGCGCCUGAAGGGUGCCUGCCAGGAGACUGUUCUGCCGCUGAUUCCUCGUUGCCUCUCAGCAGCGCACUCUGUCCUGGGAACACACCCGUUCUCCAGGCUGGAUGUCCUCAUUGUCCCUGCCAACUUUCCGAGUCUGGGGAUGGCCAGCCCACACCUCGUCUUCCUCUCUCAGAGCACCUUGACUGGAAUGAGCCAGCUCUGUGGGACCCGUCUCUGCCAUGAAAUUGCUCACGCCUGGUUUGGCCUGGCUAUCGGGGCCCGAGACUGGACGGAAGAGUGGCUCAGUGAAGGGUUCGCCACUCACUUGGAAGAUGUAUUCUGGGCCAAGGCGCAGCAGCUGGCCCCCGAAGAGGCCCAGGAGCAGCAGGGACUGAGGGAUUGCCUGCGCUGGCGUCGCCUCCAGGACGAGGUGCGGAACUCCCCGGAGGAUAUGCAGGUGUUGAGACCCAAUAAAGAGAAAACUGGCCAUGUGAGUGACUCAGGAUCUUCUGUCAUCAAACACGGGCUCAAUCCGGAGAAGGUCUUCAUGCAGGUUCAUUAUUUAAAGGGCUAUUUCCUUCUCCGGUUCCUUGCCAAAAGACUAGGCGAUGACACCUAUUUUUCAUUUUUAAGAAAGUUUGUGCACACAUUUCAUGGGCAGCUGAUUCUUUCCCAGGAUUUCCUCCAAAUGCUGUUGGAGAGCAUCCCAGAAGAAAGAAGGCUUGAGUUGUCUGUUGAAAACAUCUUCCGAGACUGGCUGGAGAGUUCCGGAAUACCACAGCCACUGCAGAGGGAGCGCCUGGCCGGGGCGGAGUGCGGGCUCGCGCGGCAAGUGAGCGCCGAGGUCGCCAAAUGGGUCCGAGUGAACAGGAGACCCCGAAAACGGAAACGAAAGGAGACGGAAGAAGUGUUGGAAAAGCUUCUUCCAGACCAGCUGGUCUUGCUUCUGGAGCAUCUCUUGGAGCAGAAGACUAUGAAUCCCCGAACUCUGCAAAGACUUGAGAGGACGUACCACCUUUCGGAGCAGGAUGCAGAGGUUCGCCAUCGAUGGUGUGAACUUGUUGUUAAGCACAAAUACACAAAAGCGUACAGAAACGUGGAGAGGUUCCUUCAGGAGGAUCAGGGAAAACGAUCACCUUGCAAGGAGCCCACAGGAAGCACGUGCGUGCACGAACCUGUUGGAAGAUGUUUUCCUUGCCGCCUCUGUUGGGCCGCAGCCUGUGGGGGUCAGCACCCCGCCACACCGUGUCCCCCAGCGUGGCUGUCCAUGGUGGUGCAUGUGCCGUGGCUUCUGUCGGCUGCGGGAAGUUGGCUUCGGCUCGUUCCUGUUGGCGUGACCAGUGCAUGCCUCUGAGUGAGCUUUCUGCCGGGCGCUGUGGGCUGACAGAAUGGAGCCAUGUUUCGGUUGGGGUGGAGAGUUGGGGUAGGGGCUACAGAGGGACUUUUGAGAGGGCCUGAGUACAGGGGGCAGCCAGCAAGUGAGGGCUCGUUAUUCCCGCAAAGAAAAAUACACAGCUUUGUACCAGAAGAAAUGUCACAUUUGUACAGUUGAAGCAAGAGGUGUUUGGAAACACAGAGGGGAGUAUAAGGACAAAAUGUAAGAGCAACUUAAGGCCUGUUCUGAAAACCAAAAUUAACUGCAAUAUAUUUGGAACCACGAUCUUUGCCAAAUAAGGAUUACCAUCAGCUUUUUCAGGAAAAAAUUUUUGAACCCCUAACCACCAAGUUUUCAUUUUUGCACUGUAUUUGAGACCCUUCUUUUAAUUUGCUCCAGGAGAACGUAAUCUGUAGCAUAACUAAGCUUAGAACAAGAGAGAAGGCGGAACCAAGUGGAUCUUUUUGGUUUUCCAGAACAUAACUGGCUUUUUUUAAAACUGUAGGAAAAGUGCAGAUGUGAGUCAUUGUUCUCGAAACAGAAGAGCCAGUGUUUGCCGCGGUAGUGGGGCCCAUUGAAGGGAGCUGGCAGGCUGGGCUGGAGCAACAGGCAUCUUCUAGGGCGGCCCGACGGCUCUCCCCACCCAUGGCGCCAUGUGACGGGUGGUCUUCAUUCCCCAGCUGUGCUAGGCACGCACUUUCCUAGGAAGAUGGCCUGUGUCUGUGUGACAUACACACGGCGCCUCGGGUGCUUCUUUCAGCUUGUGGGGGUUUCCACGGGGGUCAGUCACCAUGGGAACCUCCCUGUCCUCAUCAGCCAUCACUAGAGAAAUGCUCACAGUGUCGUCAGCUCAACCACCAGGGUCUGUUGACGGAAUUGACAGCCAAGAAUUCCUUGGGGGUUGCAGUGAGAACAAGAAAGAGAAGGGGAUCGAAAACUGCAGGCUCCUGAAGUACAGCUCUUCAGGCGUCUGUC